CAUCUAAAGAAUCCAUCCAAACAACAAAAACUGGUAGGUACCGAUGAAUGGAAGAGCGGGGAGGGUAAGCAAGCGCGUGACGACGAUCUCCUCACUCUUUCUUUCUUCUUCUUCGUCGUGUCGUCUCCGUUUUCUUUAUUCCAAUUUUGUCCUCUCCUCUUUCCCCAUUUCUCAGUUCUAUCCUCUUCUUCUUCUUCCAUGGCUUCUCUGAACUCGUAGCUCACAACUUCAUCGCUCGUAGCUCUGUCCUCUUCCACUUCCCAAUUCCAAUUUCCCGUACCUUCUAGGGUUUCGUGAGAAGCUCCCAUGGAAUCUCGAGUUGGGAACAAGUUCCGUCUCGGUCGGAAGAUUGGUAGCGGUUCUUUUGGAGAGAUCUAUCUCGGAACUAAUAUUCAGACAAAUGAAGAGGUCGCAGUUAAGCUUGAAAAUAUCAAAACCAAGCACCCUCAAUUAUUGUAUGAAUCCAAGCUGUAUAAAAUACUGCAAGGCGGAACUGGAAUCCCAAAUGUGAAAUGGUAUGGUGUUGAAGGAGAGUAUAAUGUUCUUGUGAUGGAUUUGCUUGGCCCCAGUCUUGAGGAUUUAUUCAAUUUCUGUAAUCGGAAAUUGUCCCUCAAAACAGUUCUCAUGCUUGCUGAUCAGAUGAUAAAUCGAGUUGAAUACAUUCAUUCCAAAUCAUUUUUACAUCGAGACAUCAAGCCAGACAACUUCCUCAUGGGUUUAGGGAGGCGUGCGAAUCAAGUGUAUAUUAUUGACUUCGGUCUUGCUAAGAAGUACAGAGACACCUCUACACAUCAGCAUAUUCCCUACAGAGAGAAUAAGAACUUGACCGGAACUGCUAGGUAUGCCAGUAUGAAUACUCAUCUUGGCAUUGAGCAAAGCCGUAGGGAUGAUUUAGAGUCACUUGGAUAUGUUCUUAUGUACUUUUUAAGAGGAAGUCUGCCUUGGCAAGGACUGAAAGCAGGUACUAAAAAGCAGAAGUACGAGAAAAUCAGUGAGAAGAAAGUUUCUACUUCUAUUGAGUUUCUCUGCCGUGGCUAUCCUUCAGAGUUUGCAUCAUACUUCCAUUACUGUCGGUCACUGAGGUUUGAUGAUAGACCAGAUUAUGCUUAUUUGAAAAGACUUUUGCGUGACCUUUUCAUUCGUGAAGGAUUCCAGUUUGAUUAUGUCUUUGACUGGACCAUUUUGAAAUAUCAGCAAUCUCAAAGUACCACUCCUCCUGCCCAGGCUAUUGGUCCUGCUGCUGGACCAAGUUCUGGUAUGCCACCAGCUGCUGCAAACGCUGAUGGACAGUCAGGUGGAGAAGAUGGUAGACGUAUUGGCUGGUCUUCAUCAGAUCCUACUCGUAGGAGAAACUCUGGACCUAUUGCUAAUGAUGGAAUUGUUUCUAGACAAAAAGCCCCGCUGACAAAUGACUUAACUGGAUCUAAAGAUGCUAUGUUGUCAAGCUCUAAUUUGUUCCGGUCAAGUGGAACAGCUAGGCGAGGUGGUGUCUCAGGCAGCCGUGAUGCAGUAGUUGGCACUGAGACUGAGCCCUCUAGUUCUCUCACAAUGGAUUCAAGUCAAGGAGCAUCACGUAUUUUACCCGGUGCUCAGAGAAGUUCACCUAUCAUGCCGUCUGAGCAAAACCGCGCACCCUCUGGCAGAAACACAUCAAACAAAAAGAAUUUGGAGUCAACUGUUAGAGGCAUUGAGGGUCUGCAUUUCAAUGAUGAGAGGGUACAGUAUUAGCAGCUGCCACUCUCGAACACGAACCCCUUUGUAAAUUCUGAAAGUUCUAUACUCUUUUUGACGAACUCCGGGGUGGUAUUGUAUGUGCCUUGUAUUGAAGAAAAGCUGCAAACAAGAUGGGAGUUAUCCCUACAAGUAUACUAUUAAGAUACGUUUAGGUGGUUCCCUAACAAAACUGGCCUUGUAAGGCUUUUGUUCAUGGUGAGUUUUAGAAUACCUAAGUGAAAAAGCUGCUUGCAGCACACAAGAACCGUGGGAUAUACUUGUUUAAAUGUAGGAUGAGACGAACUCAAUAAUGGUAAAGGUACAUAUAUUGCAAGUAAAUCCUUGGUUACAA